CUUAUCUAAUUAGAUAUUUUUAGGCUUCAAAGUUAUAUUCACCAAUGGCGUCCAUGCCCAAUGAACAAAGCCAGGUGGUGGUGGUGGUGGUGCCUUUCCCAGCACAUGGCCAUGUAAACCAGCUUCUGCAUCUUUCCCGCCAAAUCUUGGCUUGUAACAUUCCUGUUCACUGUGUUGCCACUCCCAUCCAAACCCGCCAAGCCUUGCUUCGUCUUCAAGCUUUUUGGGACCCUUUCUCUUCUCCAAACUUCCACCUUCAUUACUUUCAUCUUUCUUCUUCUGCUGAUUCUGAUUCUCUGCGUCCUCGAACCACAUUCCCAUCUCACUUCAACCCCUCUUUCGAGGCCUUCAAUUCUCACCAUCUCCGUGAGCCUGUAGGCACACUUUUACUGUCCCUUUCGUCUGUAGCUAGAAGAUUAGUUGUCAUCUAUGAUUCUCUGAUGGCGUCUGUGGUACAAGAUGCUGCUGGUCUAGCCAAUGCCGAGACUUACACUUUCCACAGUGUGUCUGCAUUUACCAUGUCCUUGUUUUUCUGGGAGGGAAAGGGAAAACCUUCCGUGGAAAACAUUUUUAUACCAGAAGUUCCUUCUCUAGAAGGCUGCUUCGCAACCCACUUCAUGGAUUUCAUUUGUGCGCAACACAAGUUCCAUAGAUUCAGUAACGGGAAUAUCUACAACACAACCAGGGUCAUUGAAGGUCCUUACGUGAAGUUAAUAGAACGUAUCAACAGUAGCAAGAAGCACUGGGCUCUCGGUCCCUUCAACCCUCUGGUGAUUCAGAGAAAGAGCUCACAAGACAGGCACUUUAGCUUGAACUGGCUAGACAAACAGGACCAGAACUCAGUCAUCUACGUGUCCUUCGGAACAACGACUACCCUCACGGAAGAACAAAUCAAACAGCUUGCAAUUGGGUUGGAAGAAAGCGAGGUGAGAUUCAUUUUGGUGCUGAGGAAUGCUGACAAAGGAGACGACUUUGAUGCACAAGUUACGAGAGAUGAACAAUAUUUGAAAGGCUUUGAAGAGAGAGUGAAAGGGAUUGGUUUGAUUGUGCGAGACUGGGCACCCCAAUUGGAGAUUCUGAGUCAUCCUUCAACAGGUGGGUUUAUGAGUCACUGUGGGUGGAAUUCGUGCCUGGAGAGCAUCACAAUGGGAGUGCCAAUCGCAGCUUGGCCUGUGCACUCGGACCAGCCAAGGAACAGAGUUUUGAUCACAGAAGUGCUUCAGAUUGGUUUAACGGUGAGGGACUGGGCUCACAGAGAUGAGCUGGUGACAGCAUCAGUUGUUAAGAAUGCUGUGAGAAGAUUGAUGGCAACGAGGGAGGGAGAUGAGAUGAGAAAGAAGGCAAUGAACCUAAAGAAUAUCGUCUUGCAGUCAUGCGAUGAAGGAGGAGUUUCUCGCUUGGAAAUGGAGGCUUUCAUUGCUCAUAUCACAAGAGUCUAGCCACAUAUGCACCUCGCUAAUAAAUUAUUCAUUACUACUGGACAGCAAUAAAAUUAAUUCUAGAUCUCUGUAUAGUGAUGAUAGCAGAUAUUACAAAUUUCUAUCCCAGUCCUAUAAUCUUUUUUCAGUACAAACUCGUGUGUGUGUGUUGUUUUUCUACUUAGACUAUGAGAUGAUACUGCUUCUGCUUCG